AUGGUGACUAUCACCUUCUUUACCAUUGCUGUCACCACCUCUGUUACUUCCACUGCCUCCAUCACCACCACCUACACAACCACCUCAACCACCACUACCAUUACCACCUCCACAAAUCCUACCGCCUCUACCACCUCUUCCAUCAUCCUCACUGCCACCUCUACUGUCUCUGGCGCCUCCUCCACCACCACUUCCUCCACCUCUUUAACCACUUCCAUCACCUCCAGUACCUCCACCCUAACUUCCUCCAUCUUCACUACCUUCACCACCUCCUCUAGCCUCAUCUCUACUAUCUCCUCCAACACAUCAUCACCCCCACCAUUCCUCUACCACCACCACUGCCACAAACAACAGGAAGCCUUCCAUUGA